AUGGCCAUUGCGCGGUAUCUCGACAAGGUCUACCUCUUCAUCGUAGGGACCCAGCUCUUUGGGAUGCUAGCCCUCGACCUCGUCCAAUUCUACCCCAAAGCCCUCUGGGAAUCCCCCUCCAGCCCCCUCCACUUCCUCGUCUCCCUCAAGGCCGCCUACACCUCCUACUCCGGUGACCCCUUCUUCGCCGAGCCCGCCCACGAGCCCUGGUUCCAGGCCUGCAUCCUCAUCGAGGCGCUCGUCCAGCUGCCCCUGUGCGCCUACCUCGCCUACAAGCUCGCCUCUUUAACGACUACAGACCCCCGCACCGAGCUCGCCGGCAUCGCGUUCGGGUGCACCACCGGCUUUGGCGCCGCGGUGUCCUGCUACCACAUCGCCCAGCUCGGCGCCGAGGCGCUGGACCCGGCGAAGAAGGCGUCGCUGCUGUGGGGGACUUACUUCCCCUUUACUUUGAUACCUGUUCUCAUGGCUGUUGACAUGCACUUUCGCAUACUCGCCCGUAUCAGCAACCUCGAGAAGAAGGUCAAGAGUCAGUAA